AUGUAUCCGAAUCUUGGCGAGAAAUGGCGAGAAGAAAGCGAAAUGGACACCGACGAGGACGAAGCAGAUGACGAACAGGAGGAGGAGGAAGAGGAGGAGGAGGAUGACGAGGAGGAUGAGGAGACGGAAGGGACAGGCAAUCCGGACGAGGCGGGUGAAAAGCGUGUCUUCAACGUACCAACUCCAGCCCCCGGCACGUGGACUCCCGUAACCUUGGGAACACCGGGAGGAAACUCUUUCCGCGUGACUCUAAUCGACGAUGAUUGUAACGAGGUGUCGCCGUGGCACGACGUGCCGCUACAUUCAUCCAACGGUACAUUCAACGCCGUCUGCCUCACCCCCAAGGGCUGCCAGGACGACUACGAGGUCGCCGUUCGCGAACGCCUCGCGCCGCUGCGAAUGCGGUUACGCAAUAACAAACCCAUGCGCUUUGCCGACCCGAUCCCGUGGAACUUCGGCGUGUUCCCGCAAACCUGGGCCGACUCGUCCACGCGCUGCCCGGAAUUCGGAAACCUACCCUUAGACGACAGUCCCGUCGAGUUAAUCGACAUAGGUAGCCAGGUCCGGCAGUUAGGCGAAGCCUACGCGGUCGAGCCGCUAGCGGCGUUCGUGCUGGUGGAUCCGCGCGGGUUCCAGCUUUCGUGGAAGGUGGUGGGGAUCGCGACGGAUGACCCUUCUGGUUUUCAGGACCUGAGCGACGAAAACGUGGCGGGGAUCGUGCAGACGCUGCUUGAUUGCAUUCGCGACUGGCUAAGGGCCGGCCGGCACUGCGGAGGUGAAAAGACCAAAGUGUUGACGCUAAGCCAGGGCAAGGCGGGGCAGGAUAAGGUGAUGGAAAUAGUCGCUCAGGCGCACGCAGCGUGGCAGUUGCUGCGUAGCGGGGCAGCUGAUAACGAGGAUAUGGGCGACCUGCUGCUCUCCCCGAACCUGCUGCACCGGAAGCCCCAGCCUGGGCCGGCGGUUCGGAUCUUCGCCGAGUCGUACGCGACGGAUUCGGCGAAUAAGGACAAGGCGGUGAUCGACGAGCAGGAUAUUAAGACGCUCGUGGCGCCGGUGUUUGGGAGUAGUUUCAUGGUUGACUCGUGGGAUAGCCCGGAUGAGUUUGAGGGGGAAGGGGAGAAAGGGGGUGGGGACGGGGAGGAUGGGGAGGGGGGGAAAGAGGAGGAUUCGGAUGAUGAUUGGGGGAUAGGAGCGGGAGGGGGAGCGGGAGCGGGAGCGGGAGCGGGAGCGGGAGCAGGAGCGGGAGGGGGAGGGGGAGGGGGAGCGGGAGGGGGAGGGGGAGGGGGAGGGAGGGGUAGGGGGAGGAGGCACAGUGUCAGUGGCCUGGUCACGGGCGGGGAUAGUGAUGAUAGUGAUGCGGAGGAGGGGGAAGAGGGAGCGCGAACCAGGGACAGGGGCGCAGGCGGAGGGGGAGGCGGAGGGGGAAGCGGAGGGGGAGGAGGGGGAGGGUUCGGAUUCGGCAGUGUGCGGGGCAGCGGGUCGAAGAAACCGGGCGGCAGUGGGCAGGCAGGGCUGAAAAAGCUGGGCGGCAGCCAGACGGUCAGCCGGUUUCUCGGGCGGCUGCGCCGGCCGUCCCAGGCGUUUGGCAGCGAUGCCCUGGGGGGACUAGACCUCUCCGCUAUUCAGCAGACGCUCUUUGACAACCCUCAAAUCUCUCAAGUCUCUCAAAAUUCUCAGAAUGUGGAGAAAAAGCGGCCGGCACAGGCGUUCGGGAGCGAUGCGCUGGGCGGAUUAGACCUGUCCGGUUUGCAGCAGCAGCAGCAGCAGCAGCAGGUGGAAACCGGAGGCAAUGCAGCAGGAGGGGCACCAGCAGCGGCGGCGGCAGGGAGGGGGAGAAGUGAGGCUGGGGUUGGCGAUUGGGGGAGCGGUGGUGAGGGGUGGAGGGGGGAAGCGGGGAACGGGGAGGAUGAGGGGGAGAAAGCGGCGGCGCUGUCCCAGGGGAGUCUGCGCUCCAGGAGUUUCAACUCCGCGUAUCCCCCCUCCUUUGAUUCCGCCUAUGCGUCCUCCUUUUCCGCCCAGGACCAGCUGAACAUGCGCCUGGACGGGCUGGGCGGAGGAGGGUUGGCGCAGGGGGGGGCGCAAGGGGUGGCGCAGGGGAGCGCGAGCAUGUCGUUUGGGCGAACCCGUAGUGCAGGGUCCGCGGAAGGGGGAAGAGCAGGGGGAGUGGUGGCUUUAGGAGGGACGGGCGGGGCGGGUGGGGCGGAAGGGGAGACAGCAGCCCAGGCGCCGUCCGCGUUAUCAGCCUCCCAGUCCCGUUAUAGGGCGUGGCGGAACCUUCUAGUGGACGUGCACCUGGGGGGGGGGAGAUCCGCCAAGGGGGGCGGAAACGAGGGGCGGGGGUUCCUGGCGGAAGGGGGAGGGGCGGGCGCAGGCAUAGGGGCAGGCGCAGGGACAGCAGGGGGAGGCUUUGGUCCCCCGUCCUCCUCCUCCUCCGCCUCCACCCCCUCCCCCCUCCCUUUCCCCCCUCUCCCCCCUUCCGCCCCCCUCUCCGCGUCCUAUAACGGCCGCCCCACCCCCCCCGCCUGUGGGGAAUCCCUAGAGGAGGUUCCGCGGAGCAGGUCUACCCCUCCAGGCGCCCCCCUUUCCGCCUCUGGGGGGACGGGCGGGGCGGGCGGGGCGGGCGGGGGGAGCGGAGGGGCGGUCAGGCGGAGCUUGCGCCAUAGCAGGAGUCAUAGCUUCUCGGAAGCUUCUCAGGAUGGGGGGGGAGUGGGGGGAGGCGCGCGGAGGGAGGGGGGCAGGGGCGGGGGCGACGCAGGGGGAGAGGCGGAGGGAGGGAGGAGGGCAGGGGGGAGCCUGCAUGGAGCGUUUGGGGAGGGCCUCAGGGGGAAUGGGGGAGGGUGGGGCGGAAGCGGGGGGUGGGGGGGAAGCGGGGGGUGGGGUGUGAAUGCUGGGGGUAGCAGCAGCGGGGGAGGGGGAUAUGGCGGAACAGGGUGGUUCUCUGCCCCGUAUGGGAGCAUUGGCGGAGAUAUAGGCAGCACCAGCGGGAGGAGCAGCAGCAGCAGCCUCAGCAGCAGAGACGGGGGGAGAGAGGCGCGCGAGGGGCGGGAAGGACGUGAGGGGAGGGAGGGGAGGGAUGGGCGGGAGAGUAGGAGAUCACAUAGUAUGGUGUUAGAGCCGAUUCAAGGGACCCCCAACACAAGCCCUCUACCCGCGGACUCGUUUCCCCUCUCCGCCUUUGCUUCCGCCCUCCCCCCUCCGCCCCUUUCCGCAUUCGCCUCCCCCUCAGGGGCCACCACGCCCCCCUAUGCCAACCGCUCCCCCCGAUCCAGCCCCCUCUCCCGCUCCUCCCGCGCACACUCCCACCUUCCCCCCAUUCCCCCGCCCUCCCCCGGAUUUUCCCCCGGGGUUACCGCGGGAAGCUCCCCCGGGCUUCCCCCUAUCAUUCCGCCCACGCACAGCGGGAGCAGCGGGGGGAAGAGCCCCCUGAUGAGCCCCCGCGCGCUUCUCUGCGCCAGCAGCCCCCCCAGCAGCAGCAGCCCCCCUGGGUUCAGCCCUGGUGAUGAGCUAAGCGCCGGUGGAAAGAUAAGCGCCGGUGGGAGCAGUGGUACGCGUGGUGGGAGCGGUGGUGGGAGCAGCGGGAGCAGUGGGAGAAGCAGCAGAGCGGGAUCCGUGAGGGGAAACAGCAGUGGCGGAGGGGGGCUGUUUGGGGUACUGAUAAGCGGGGGGAGGAGGCUGGGCGGGAGUGUGAGGGAGCGGAGUCGGCACGCGAGGAGGCACUCUGUGGGUGCUGUUGCUGCUGUGCCCCUCCUCUCCCCCAUCACUCGAAGCCUCUUUUCCGUUCCUAAGCAGUCCGAGGCAGCAGCAGCGGAGACAGCAGGGGAGACAGGCGGAGCAGGAGCAGGAGCAGGAGGAGGUAUGGGAGGAGGAACAGCAGUGGUGGCGGAGGAAUGCAAGGGCGGGGCAGCAGCAGCAGCAGGAGCAGGGGGAGCCGAACUGGUGGGAGGCGAGGAAGCAGAGGGGGAACGAGGAAGCCGAGGGGGGACAAGCGUCCCAGUGUCACCAAGAGGCUUCCCCAGGGCGUCAAUCAGCGUGAGCAGCGCUAUCGGUGGCGCCAGCAGCAGCAAUACCAGGCCUGGAAACAGCAGUGACAGCAAUGGCAGCGGCGGCAGCGGAGGCGGCAGGAAGGAGAGCGGAGGAGGAGGAGGAGGCGGGUCGGUGGCAGGGUUUGUUCGGCGAGCAGGGCUUUCGUUUCAUCGUAGAAGCGCCUCUCACCACGACCUUGGCCUUCCUAAACGCUCCCCAGAGGCAGGAGCAGCAGCAGGGGCAGCAGGAGGGGUGGGAGGAUGGGUAGGAGGAGGGGAUGGAGGAGGGGUAGGAGGAGGAGGAGGGGCUGGAGGGGUAUGGGGGAUCGCUGGUAGCAGCAGUGGAAGCCAGGCAGCACCAUCUCCCUCCGCUGCUCCCCCCCCGCUGCCGCCCUCCGGCUCUCUCUCCUUCUCCUCCUCGCGCUUCCUGCGGAAGAACAAGACCCCGCCGCUCCACAACCACCACCGCCACCGCAGCACCACCAGCGAGGAUUUCCGGUCCUUCCAUCACUCGUUACAGUCCCAGCCUCAGUCGCAAACCUCGUCUGCCGCCCAUUCCCCUGCCGCACGGUCCCCUGCUGCUCGCCCUGUGCCUGUACGCUCUUUAUCCGUCCAGUCAAUGUCAGUUGCUCGCUCCCUGUGUGCUCACUCCUCUACUGGCCCCUCCCCUGCUUCAAGCACUGGCUCUGCUGCAUGCGGAGACGGUUUCGAGGCGGAAAGCUCAGGUGGAGAGCGGUUGGGAGGGUUGCAGGUGGCGGUUCACCCCACACUUCAUGCCCCCCCUCCUCCCCUUGCCUCCUCCCCUUCCCGUCACUACUCAAAGCCCCCCUCCCCUUCCCUUACCCGCUCCCUGUCCCCGCACCCACCGCGUCCCCCCUCUCCCCUUGUCCCUCGCACGCCCUCUGCUCCUCUCACCCACAGCCCCUCUCCUCCUCCUCCUCACCACAGCUCGUCUCCUGCUCCCCGCACCCCGUCUCCUCCUCCCCCUCGCACCCCUUCUCCUCCUCCUCCUCACAUCUCUCCUCCUCUUCCCCACAGCGCCUCCCCUCCCCACAGCUCUUCCCCGCCCCUCAACCCCCCCCAUCGAGCCCAGAGCGCCGCCCGAUCCUUCCUUCUACAGGAGCUGGGGGGUAGGCGCCCCCAAGGCUUCCUCCGAACCUCCAGCGUAGCCUCGGCACUGCCAGGCUCGGCGAGCCUAGGUCCGGACCAAGCCUCGCCUGAAAGGGUCAGAAACAGAGGCAGGGACAGGGGUGGUGAUGACAGCGGUUCUGGUGGUAACCAGAUCAGUGGUAAUCAGAUCAGUGGUAACCAGAUCAGUGGUAAUCAGAUCAGUGGUAACCAGAUCAGUGGUAAUCAGAUCAGUGGUAACCAGAUCAGUGGUAAUCAGAUCAGUGGUAACCAGAUCAGUGGUAACCAGAUCAGUGGUAACCAGAUAAGUGGUAACCAGAUCAGUGGUAGCUCCCCUCCUCGCCCCCCGUCGUGUGAGAGAAAUCAACGGUCCAAAUCCCCUUUGAGCCGGCUUUAUCGGAGCAGCAGCAGAGGGAGGGAGAGGGCUGGGAGUGCCGAGGGGGGCAGCAAAGGAAGGGAGGAAGUGCUGCUGACGGGGCUGGGAAGGGGGGUGAAGCAGCAGGUGUUGGUACAGCCACAUUCCCAUCGCCUGCUGCUGUUACAGUCGGAUUGGUGGGAGGAGAAGGAGAAGGAGAAGAGGUGGAAGGAAUUGGGGGAGUAG